UGCUUCGGUCCCAGGGGACCUGGCAGGAGUCACGGCCCCCUUCAAGCCUGAGCUGAGUCAGGCGGACCCUGACCCACCCACCUCACCUUUUGUGGGGAAGACUAGCAUUUCCUGCUUCCUGGCCUUGGAGGGGAGUGGCUGAACUGGGGAGUCUCAGCAGCUGCAGGGAGGGGGACCUGUAUGCCCAGCACAGCUCCUACACCAUGGAUCGCAGCCAACCUAGCCUAGAGCCCCAGGCCAAGGGCCCAAGCGUGAUCGCGCCGGUGCGCGCAGUGCUCCGUCUGCGCCGCCGUGUCUGCGUCCUGCGCAAGAGGCGCCUCUUGCAGCUAGGCACCGAACCGGACGCUGGGACAGGGGUACUCGGGUCCAGCGGCAGCUCCGGGAUUCUGCGUGCGGACCUAGACCAACCUAAAUUCUUCACGUUCGACAGCCUGACGGAGUUGUCUUCCAGGACACCACGCAAGAGACGUAGGCGUAGUCGGGUAGUGCUCUACCCCGAAACCUCACGAAAGUACCGACCCCGCACAGAGCGCCAGAGCCGUGCACAGCGUUGUCUGUUGCUGCUUGUAGCCAUCGUGGGGUUCCAGGUUCUUAACGCCAUUGAGAAUCUGGACGAUAAUGCACAACGUUAUGACCUUGACGGGCUGGAGAAGGCGCUGCGGCGUUCUGUGUUUGGCCAGCCAGCUGCUGUGAGCCGCAUUAUGGCCCUGCUGCGGGACUACCUGGCUACACACGUGCACAGUCAUCCCUUGCUUCUGGCUCUGCAUGGGCCCAGUGGUGUAGGCAAAAGUCACGUGGGGCGCCUCCUGGUACGCCACUUCCACUCAGUGCUGGAGGAUGGCGCUUUGGUACUGCAGUACCAUGCACGACAUCACUGUCCAGAGCUGCGCCCCGUUCAGGACUGCCGGAAGGAGCUGGCACGGCGCGUGGCAGAUGUGGUGGCACAGGCUGAGGCCGAGGAGAAGACCCCUCUCUUGGUGCUGGAUGAGGCUGAACUCCUGCCACCGGCGCUGCUAGAUGAACUGCACGGCCUCCUGCAGCCACAGCGCUCGCACCAUUUCCACAACGCUAUCUAUGUACUCCUCAGUGGCGUUGGCGGUCUAGAGAUCACACACUUUGUGCUACAGAACGCAUCACGUAUGCUGCCCCCACACCGCCACAACGCAGGUAGCACUCAGGCUGAGGUGUCCCAGGCUGAGGAGGAGUUACACAGCGGCCUUCGCGAGCUCCUGGCCCGAGAGCACCCUUUGUGGCACUCUGCGGCCAUCGUGCCCUUCCUGCUGCUAGACAAGCCAGAUGUGGUCAACUGCUUCCGAGAGGAGAUGGCGGGAGAGGGCUUUUUCCCCGAGCAGGAGCUGGCGGAGCAUCUGGCAGAGCAGCUCAGCUAUUACCAUGUUGCUGGACAUGAAUUUGCCAUUACAGGCUGCAAGCAGGUAGUAGCUAAGGUCAACCUCCUGCAGCAGAAGCCAGCACAUGCUGGACACUAGCCAGUGGCCCCCGGCAUUUGAGCUGUUGAAGAAAGCAGGAAGCAUGUCAGGUGACCUGUGGCCCCCAAGCUGGUUCACUCUAGGAGCCAGGGAAGGCUGGGCUCCCAGCUCCCUCCCACUUCCUCUUCCCCCCCUGAGCCUUGAGAUUCCCCCAGGGUCACCAGGAAAGCAGCCUCCUUCCUGUCUGUAGUCUAGUCCCUCUCCUCAGCCCCCCACUAUGUCCAUCAUGUGAUAGGGCCUCCACAACCCUAGGAGGCGGAUGUGUGCAUUCAUGGUACAGCUUAUCUCUAUCUCAGGGUGAGUAGCUGUCUGUGAAGCUGGUCCUGUCGGAACACGUGGUAUUAUUCCCCGUGCUUCUCACACUGUGACCCCCUUGGAUGCCUCCUUAGCUUAGAGGUGGGGAACACUUCUCCAGGCCGGGUGGAUAGAGGUCUACAAGCCGGUGAGUAGAUCUAGUGGAACCCCCAAGUGUCACGGAGCAGGGGCUUGGCUGAAUGUGGGCCUAGCGGAGAGCCAGCCUCUUGAGACCAGCUAGCUACCUGUUUGCUCCAGCCACAGACACACACGCAGAGCUGACCUUGGAGCCAGCUAAAAGGUGCAGGGUCCUGUUUACCAGAAGAGGUUAGAGAGGAGGAACCUCUCCAGAAGGGUGAUGUAUCCCUAUCCACCCUGGGGAGGCCUGCUGGGAAACCAGCCACGCUCAGGUUUCCCCGGGAAAGGGUCCCUAGAGCCUUCUAGUGCUGGGGGACUCAUCCUUCCUCUGCCACCUGCUCUGGAGUGACAGCCCUUCAGUCCACGACAUAGAACGGCAGCAGUGGAAGUGGACAGGGUCUUUGAGGCUUCUGUUUGCAGGAAGCACCAGGCAUGCAUGAGGCCCCGUGAGGACGGGGUGGGGAGCAGCUCAGGCUCUUGGCUGGACCCACGGGAUGACCAAAGGAGGCAAGGCCUCUACCUGCCUGUGCUGGACUGCAUGUGGAGACCCCUUGUCCUCGCCAGUGCAACUGUCCGGCUACCACAGUUAAAUGUGGGUGAGGCUCUCCAUAGCCCUUGGCGUCCUAGGUUCAGCCCUCUCAAUCCCAUCUGCGCAUGCUCAAUGGCCAAGGGCUGUGGGAUUUUCUUGCCGUGAGGCUCCUCAGUGCUCUGGCAACUUCUGUGCUGCCUCCUGGUGGCUGCACCCAGCCCUUGCCUGCAAAUGAUCACCAUUGUGGGGCCUGAGAAUACAGCAAGGGUCAUGACACCAGAAGAGGUCAGAGAGGAGGAGCCCCUCCAGAGAGGUGAUGCAUCCUCCCCACCCCGAGGGGACCUGCCGGGAAACCACCCGAACUCAGGUUUCCCUAGAUCACCAGCCCCGAGCAGGCCCUCCACAAGUUUUCCUUGUCUCCCAUUCAGCUUGCUCCAGCCAUGGUCUGAGGACCUGAGUGAUGCAGCCGCUGGGAGAGGGACUCUGCCGAUGGGCGCCCUCACCUGCUGCACACAGACCUUAUGCCUGGGAGGUGACCAGCACAUCCUUCCUCAGGCCCCAGGACUCUUUCCUGCUCUGAGGUCUGCUCGAGGUUGAAAGGUUGGGCCAGGGUUGCAAUGGGAUGCAGACCUGGGAAUCCAAGGGGUUCCCAUGUCCACCUCAGUUCACCUGCUGAGCCGCAGGGAAGGAAGAGGCUCUUGCUCUGUCUUCAGGCCUUUGUGUUGAUGCCUCAGGGGUUUGUGCGUGACCUGCUGAGUGGGGUGCGGGGCAAGUCUUUGCAGGAUGAUGCUGGGGUCCUCAGCACCCCCCAAGAAGGCCCCCAGGAGUGUCACCUGAAAACCCACUUGGAAGUGUCUCCUACCCAGCCAAGUGUUGCUGGUAUUCACUCAGUUAACAUUUCAGAACAUCCGUUUAGUGAAGAUCCAAACCCGUGCAAGUUUUCCUCUUAUUUAUUUAUAAAAUAACAGCAUCGAGGCCAGUUUCUGGUCUUAAGAGUCCUGUACACCCAACACUGAGCAGGUUGUAUCAUGCUUGUAAAUAAACUGUAGCGCGAAUCUAA